AUGAAUAUUCCAAGCGUUCCUCACUGUCUAUUUAUUCCAAUUACCAUUGGGUUUUUACAAACCAAUUUAUAUUACGAGACGUUUAAUACACCUAAUGAAUUUCUUCCAUACCAAUCACAAGGUACUAUCGUUAACACGCAAUCAAUAACAUCAAAUUACUCUACGCCAUGUAUUCAGAUACCUCUCAUUCACGUAUCACCUGUAUCCAAAAUUAAAUGGAAUGAUAAUAGUAUUAAAUCGUUACUUACUUUUUUGAAAGAAAAUAAAGAAGUACUAAAAGUUUUAGUAAAAAGGCGUGGUGGUAUUAGUGAUGUUAUUAUUAAAAAAGAGCUUUAG